UUCUUCUUCUCCCCUGCAGCCGAACAAAGGCCCCCAAGCCCGACAGCACCUCCCUUUGAAAAACCGGUAGAAAGCUUGAGAUUUCCCCUUUCUUUUCUUGUUCUAUGACUGAAAUUGAACCCAGAAUUCUUCCCCCUGCAGAGAAAUUCCAGAUCUGCUCGGUUUCUCCCCCUCCCCUGUCCGUGAGCUGCAGCUUGUGAUGCGAUUUUUGGGCUUUUUCUAAUUCCCCCUGAAUUUCUCCUUCAUUCCCGCUGGCCUUCCCCUAGCUUGCAGCUCUGGUUUGCUUGUUUCAAAAUUUUGGAAGUGAAGUCAAAGACGGGGAAAAAUGAAGGGAGUGACGAGUGAGAAGGCUAGCCAUCUUGUAAAUUGGGCAUAGAUUUUGGAUAUAAAUCGUGAUCUUGUAAGCUAGAUUUUAUUUGGAGAUUUUAUGAUAUCAGGGUAAAUUUUAUAAUUAAAUCUUCAGAUUUUGUGAUAUCAGAUUGUGGUUACUUUCAGUGAUUUUCACGUUUUUUAUAUUAUUUUGGGCUAAACAUUUAUUUAUUUGAGGCCCAAUUUGUGAUUAUUAGAAUUAGGGCUUAGGGUGUUAGUUUCCUAUUUUGAUUAGAAUUACUUUUCCCUAUUUUGAUUAGAAUUACUUUUCCCUAUUUAAAGGGCUUAUAACCCUAAUUAGGGUAGCUAUUGAAUCGGAGUUUUUUGAGAGACUUUUCUCUUUAGUUCAUUUUAGAACUUUACAAAACUUAUCAAGAUUAUUCUUGUGGCGUUCUAAUAUGACUUAUCAUUCUCGUUCUUAAUCGUUCGAAGGUGUGGCGUCAACCAACUUUAUACCUUUGGUUUUUGUUGCGUCAUAGACAAUGGGUCGAGGUUUUUUUACCUUUGGUUCUUGUUGCAAUAUAAACAACGGGUCAAGGUCUUAUUAUAAACUUGAUUUGGCUUUCUUGGAGUUUAGAAAUCCCUUGUCAUGUUAUGGGUCUCAUUGUUCUCUUUGGGGUUCUCAUCAUCUUGGUAUCAAAGCAUCAUAUCCUAAAUUAGGAAUCUUACUGCAUUAAGGAAAUUUAAAGUCAAUUCCUACUAGGAAGUGGUUGAACUGAUCUGUUCGUUUUAAUUUGUUUGGGUUUGGUUCUUUUAUUGCUUCUCUUGUUCGUUCCUUUGUGUCUUUUUGUUUCCUUUAACUCUUGUAGCAGAUUUGUUGAAGUUAGAUUGCUGUAAAAUAACUUGAAUUGAGCUUGUUUAGUUCAAUAACGAACUAAAAGAGGAAAGUUGAGCAAGGGAAAAAGGCAAGAGGUGUGAGCAACACUUGAGAGAAAAGCCAAGUCCUAUAGUGUGCAAAACAUGAGCGUUGAGUGCCCUUCUGUGAGAGAGUGGAGUGAAACACGUAAGGGAGUGUUGUGAGGUCCUUUUAUUCUUUUGUUCCUAACAUUUGUUGCAGGUUUUAAUAAUGUUAAGUGGUGAUGACAAAUCAACCACUAGAAGACACCAUGUGGAUGAAUCAAACAUGAUGUCCAGCCUCUGACAUUGUUGUUGCAUUGCUUUGAGCAUGAAAGAUUCAUCCACAUGGUGUCUUCAAGUGGUGAUGACAAAUCAAGCACUAGGGAAUGAUGGGAAUCAAGAUGACCCCACAUGUACCAUGUCAAGAGAUCCAAUACACAUUCUAGGAGGUCCAAUCACGAGAGCUAGAGCUAGGAAGAUGCGAAAAGCUUUAAAUGGCCCUAUUGAGUAGAUCUGGGUUGAUAACAACAUGCAACAAGUAAAUCAAAGCUUGGAUGAUUAUCAAGGCAUGCUAAACACCAUUCAGGUUCAAGAGAAGCUUAAUUGAGGCCAUUUAUGCUAAAUUACACAAUUUGCAUCAAAGUCCCGCAAUUCUGUCGCAAUUUGUAACAAGUUGAUAUUUCAUAUUACUUCAGGUUAUUUUCAGUGAUGUUGACAUUUUUUAUAUUAUUUUGGGCUGAACAUUCAUUUAUUUG